CUUUGAGUGGGGCGGCGGAAGGACCCGGCUCAUUCUGCUCUGGGACGUUCACCGGGGUCGUGCCGCUCUCGCAGCCGCCGCGGCAGCCUCCGAGAGAUCCGGGAGAAGCCGGCGCGGGCUCCCGCCAGAGGCGCGCGCACGCAUUUGCGCACGCGCGCACGUGGCGCACCCGACUUGGUGUGAAGGGGGCGUGCGUGAGGGAGCGAAGGCGCGCGACCUCGUGCGCGACCCCGGCCUCGGCCGCCCUCCUCCCGGCCCUCGCCGCCCCGGCCUCCGGGCCCGGCUUCGGCCCCAGAGCCGCAGCCAUGUCGAAGGAGGCGCGGGCCGGGCACGAGGAGAUCAUGGAGGCGCAGGUGAUGUGGGAGCCCGACGGCAAGAGGAACGCGCAGAUGGACCGCUUCCGGGCGGCCGUGCGCUGCGGCCGCGGGCCCGCGCUGGCCAAUUAUGAUGAAUUGUAUCAGUGGUCAGUGGAGUCAUACUCAGAUUUCUGGGCAGAAUUCUGGAAAUUCAGUGGAAUUGUCUUCUCUCGUAUGUAUGAUGAGGUUGUUGAUACAUCUAAGGGAAUUGCUGAUGUGCCCGAGUGGUUCAAAGGCAGUCGUCUGAAUUAUGCUGAAAACCUCCUGAAGCACAAGGAAAAUGACAAGAUCGCUCUGUAUGCUGCACGGGAAGGCAAAGAGGAAAUUGUGAAGGUGACUUUUGGAGAGUUAAGACAGCGCGUAGCUUUGUACGCUGCAGCUAUGAGGAAAAUUGGAGUGAAAACAGGAGACAGGGUGGUUGGUUAUUUACCAAACAGUGUUUAUGCGGUGGAAGCAAUGCUGGCUGCAGUGAGCAUCGGGGCCAUUUGGAGUUCUACAUCCCCGGACUUUGGAGUGAAUGGUGUACUGGACAGGUUUUCUCAAAUUCAGCCGAAACUCAUCUUCUCUGUAGAAGCUGUUGUAUAUAAUGGCAAAGAACACAAUCACAUGGAAAAGUUGUACCGGGUUGUUAAAGGGCUUCCUGACUUGAAAAAAGUGGUGGUGAUACCAUAUGUGGGCUCCAGUGAGAAGAUUGACAUUUCGAAGAUUCCUCAUAGCAUAUUUCUAGAUGACUUCCUUGGAGCUGGGAAAGGAGACCAGGCACCCCAGCUGGAGUUUGAGCAGCUGCCUUUCAGCCACCCCCUCUUUAUUAUGUUUUCCUCUGGCACCACGGGUGCUCCGAAGUGCAUGGUGCAUUCUGCUGGGGGCACCCUAAUCCAGCAUCUCAAGGAACACAUACUUCAUGGAGACACAACCAGCAGUGACAUUGUUAUGUACUAUACCACGAUUGGCUGGAUGAUGUGGAAUUGGCUGGUGUCUGUGCUUGCAACAGGAGCUUCCGUGGUCUUGUAUGAUGGUUCUCCCUUGGUCCCAACGGCUAAUGUGCUCUGGGAUUUGGUGGACAGACUAGGGAUCACAAUUCUUGGAACUGGGGCCAAGUGGCUUUCAGUACUUGAAGAGAGAAACUUGAAACCAGUGGAAACCCACAAUCUUCAGACUCUUCAUACUAUCCUGUCUACAGGGUCUCCUUUAAAAGCCCAGAGCUAUGAGUAUGUUUACAAAUAUAUAAAGAAAAGCGUCCUCCUCGGAUCUAUCUCAGGUGGCACUGACAUCAUUUCCUGUUUUAUGGGUCAAAAUGUUUCAAUUCCAGUUUACAAAGGAGAAAUUCAGGCCAGGAAUCUGGGCAUGGCAGUGGAAGCAUGGAGCGAGGAAGGAAAAGCAGUGUGGGGCGAGAGUGGUGAACUGGUAUGCACCAAACCAGUACCGUGUCAACCUACGUACUUCUGGAAUGAUAAGAAUGGUAUCAAAUAUAGGAAGGCUUAUUUCUCUAAGUUCCCAGGUGUUUGGGCACACGGUGACUACUGUAAAAUAAAUCCCAAGACUGGAGGCAUCAUCAUGCUUGGUCGGAGUGAUGGGACGCUCAACCCUAAUGGAGUCCGCUUUGGCAGCUCUGAAAUUUAUAAUAUUGUGGAAGCCUUUGAGGAAGUCAUGGACAGCCUGUGUAUCCCCCAGUACAAUAAAGAUGGGGAAGAGAGAGUUAUCCUGUUCCUGAAGAUGGCUCCUGAGCAUUCCUUCAGUCAGGACUUGGUGAAGAGGAUGAAGGAUGCCAUCCGCCUUGGCUUGUCAGCCAGGCACGUCCCCAGCCUCAUCCUGGAGACCAAGGACGUCCCGUAUACAAUUAAUGGGAAGAAAGUGGAAGUUGCGGUGAAACACAUCAUUGCUGGGAAGUCGGUGGAGCAGCGUGGCUCAUUCUCCAACCCCGAGUCCUUGGACUUGUACCAGAAUAUUCCCGAGCUUCAGAAUUUCUAAAUGUGAUUCAGUUGUACAUAUCCCUGACACCCAUUUGUACAUAGAACUCUCCUAUCUUCAAAAAUUAUUUAAAUACUGAGAAUUCUUUCAAAAAAAGAAACUUACACAAAGUGCUUUAUAAAACUAGUGGGAGGAAAUGAUUCCCUCUUUAGCAGUUAAAUCGACCUUGCAUCCUGCAUCUUUGACAGCCUGGAGAAUAAUCCUGAUUUUUAGAGGGAAAGGUAGCUUUGGGGGUGGGGUUAUUUAUCUGUCUGUAUAUCUAGUUAAAGAGAGACUUUGUGUGUAGGGCUACACACGCAAACACACAGACACACAUAAACUGUAUAUAGGAGUGCAUGUGUAUAUGUUGUGGCCAUGGAUGUCCAAGAGGAAGGUGAAGGCCUGGCUAAUGUUCUAGGUAAGCCGAAACCCUCUCAAAUAGUUCCUUGUCCUGAGGGGUGAAUGACCUUGUUCAUUCCUCCAGGGGAAGCGGAGCCUCAGGACUUAAAAAUGUAGUUUAUGUUUUACUCUGGACCUUGGACAGCUCCUUGGGAGGUGCCAGUCUCUCACUGAGCACCAGCAGUUCCUUAGGUCUAGGUGUAGCUCUAGUCCCAGGGCUGUUCACAGCUGAUUGCUACAAACUCUCCAACUGAGUGACUGUUAGACUGUGUUAUAUGUGCCUAUGCUAGGAUAGAACAGCUCAUUGAACCAGAUUUGUGAGAAGACUGCACUUUCAUAUUGACAAAUGGAUUUGACUAUUUCAUAGGACUUACCUUUUGAAUUGAUUUUAAUUUUUAGUAGUUAAAUUUUUUUUUUGAUGUAAUUGUGAAGUGUUGGGUUUGUGUGUUUUGGUGAUAGACAUUUGUACCAUUGGGUGAUGUUUCCUUUUCUGGAAGUACAAAUGGGGACAUUUCCCUGUGUAAUGUGUUUAGCCUUGGCGUCCUUCUAGCACUGGGGCUGGCCCUGGGUUCUCAGCAAGAUGGAGAUGCCCAGUAGUGUGGCUGAGCCUGUUGUGCCCUCAGGAAAAUACUCCUUCAGUUUCUGAUAUUAUUGUACUUUCUGGAUAUGUUGAUUUCUUUAGUUUCAUCUUGAAUUUUUGUUAUUAGAGCUUCCCAUGUUACAACGACAUAUUGUUGUGGUGAACUCUUUAUUUUAUCCUAGUAUGAAUUUUACAAACUCUGGUAUUCUUUUUUUGUAUUUUUUCAACAAAGCACAAUGUUCCAAAUGAGUUAAUCUUUUAAGUUUUUUUUUCCUUCCAGGUUAUACUACAAAGGGGAAAAGUGCUGUUGGGAAUAUGGUGCAACAAAUAAAUGGAUAUAUCUAUACAUUAUA